AUGGAGGGGGCCGCGGAGGAGGUGCCUGCCCCCGGCUGUUCUCCCUUCUCCGGCCCGCUUUCCGCCUCGGCUCUGCCCUGCCCAACGCCGCCGCCGCCGCUCCCCGGCACCUCAGAGCCUCACGGACCCAAGAUGGCCGUCCCUCAGCUUCCUCCGCUGCCUCCGGCUGCCGGAAAGUCUGGAAGGGCUGGCCGGGUCUGGUACCCCGCCCUAAGGCGGCAGGUUCCCACCGCUUGUGCCCGCGUCCGCGACAGAGCUGCGAAAUGCCUGGGGCGGCGGGCUGAGCCCGAAGGACGGCAAGGCUGCACAGAUUACAAUCUGGGUGGCUGGAUUACAGACGGAGCGCCUGCCGAAUGCGAGAGUAGAGGUUGCAUCCCAGGGCCCCGCCGGGCGGGCGAGAGCCUCCCGGGCGAUGCUGAGUCGGGCUUCGGGAAGGAGCCGAGCUCCCGCGUCGUUAACCGUGACCCAGCCGCCGAGCGUUCAGUCCACGAACCUCCCGGCAUCCCACCCGGGGACUCAGAGGGCUGGGCUUGCCGGGGGCAGCGGCCGCAUCUUGACCUUGAAGAGGUGGCGAUCCGAGGGCGUAGACCCCGGCCAGCCAAACGCCGUCCAGCCAAACGCCGUCCGACUGAGGGUGGAACGGCAGGGUGGCGCAAAGAGACGGGAGAGCGAGACUGGCCCUCAGAGGCCUCCAGGGCCGGGGGCGGGGGCCCUAAGGGGAUUUGUAGCUGGAGGGCUGGCACCUUGCCGGGUGCCAUACGGGGCCAAGCUCGUCUGGGCCCGAGAUGCUGCCCGCCCUCCCUGGAUGGAAUCCAUCGGUGCAGGGCUCCUGGGACGGAGGCCAGCUGGGCUGGGGUGACGACCCGCUGCUCAGCAUCUCCCGGUCGGGCACACUGCAUCCGUUACUCCUGUCGCUGUCAGAGCGAACACACCGCGUGACCUGAAGUCUGCUAACUUGGCCAGAGCACCUCGUGUUGGUUAGCAACAGAGCUGGGACUCGAACGCGUUUCUGCAGCUUUGGUACCAGGCACCCUUGAGUGGGUGACUAUCCAUCCCAUGCUUGCAGCUGUGUCGCUCCUCCUCUUUCCUGCUCCCACAGCAGCCUAACUGCCUUGCUACUUGUCUGAGCCAUUUCCUGCUCCAUGAAACAUACACCUUUAACCUCCAGCCUCUCCCAGCCAGGCCCCGGGCGCCCAAAACAAAAGCGCCCGGAACCGAGGUGCCGUCCGAGCUUGCCGCUCGUCCGCGCAGAGGAGCGCUGCGGGGACCCACGCUGGCCUCCCUCACACGUUGCUCCAGCUACUGCGGGGCACAGGCCUCAACCCCAGCAUUUAGGAAGCUGAGGUCCGAGGGUCAUAGGUCCGAGGCCAGCCUGGGCUACAGGCAAGACCGUGUCUCACAAGAAAACAAAAAUAAAAUGUUAUUCUCUUCCCCCCUUGGGCCAGCCAGAGAUCGUGCAAUCGCCACGAGUUACCCGUGUGCUGCACACCGUUGCCCUGAAAUGCAGGUGAUGUUAGUGCGCGAGACGCGGAGGUCAUCCCGCCUGCCCGGGGCCGGGUCCAGGAGAGCUUUCCUGAGGACGGCCUGUUUGUGUGGAGGCCGAGAGCCGGUGGAGUCAGUCGGUCGGAGUGGAAAAGGCAGUCGAGGCAGAAGCGUGGUGCAUAGGGGCACGGGGCUGGGUGGCACCCGGGUGGGUCUGGGUAAAGGUCAAGCGUGCAGGCGGGCAGAGAGGCUAGAGGGAGCAGGAGUCGGACAGGCCUGCUCACACAGCCUGGCGCCCAGUUCUGUGCCCAUCCUGGGGAGUUGGGAAAACACCUCGAAAAGUGCGCCACCUUCAGGCAGGAGCUGGGAGAAAGCACGUGGACCACCCAGAGCUCAGCCGGAGGGAGAGGGUUGAGCCCUGGGGCUUCUCACAAAGCCAUGCCUGAGUCAGUGAAGCCCAAAACUUAGGAAAUGAAGCCCUAGUACUUAACUCAAGAGCUUCUGGUGUCUGUAAGCCUAGAAUUGAGGAAAUACUUUGAGCUUCUUCUUGCACUUGCUUCAGGUGACAUCGGGCAGCCAGGCAUGGUGGGUGAUGCGUCAGUCAUCCCAGCACUGAGGGAGGCUGAGACUGGAGGAUCCCUUCGAGUUCGAGACCAGCCUGAAACCAUAGUGAAACCCUGUCUCAAAAAGAGAAGUGUGAGGAGAAGUGCCACUUCACAGUCAUUAGGAUACAGCAACCAGAAAGUACUUUCCACUCUGAUGCAAUCUGCUUUGUCUACCUUUGCUUCUGUUGCCUGUGCUCCUGGGGUCUUACCCAAGAAAUCAGCGCACAGCUCAGUGUCGUGCAGCUGUUGUGUGCACCUGGCAGCCCCCAGUUUCAGAGCUACGUUCAAGCCUUUAGCUCAUUCUCAGCUGAACUGAGCUGACUGCUACAUAGGGGCGGUUAAGGGUCUACUUUCAGAUGAGAUCGGGCGCGUUCAGGGGGGCAUGGCCGUAGACUCCGGGUCUACUUUCAUCUUCCCACGUGUGGGUUUGCCCAGUGCCACCUGUCCUGGAGAGCAUCCUCUCCCCCGGAGCAGCUGGUCUUCCAGCGAGCAGCUGAGCACCAGUGUACAGGUUUGCUUCUGGGCUCUCUGUUCUCGUCAGUUCUGUGCUGCUUCGAUCUCAGCCCUUCCCUGGCUUCCCCAAAUCUUCCUGGAGCCUCAGCUCCUCCAUCUGCACCCCCUCCUCCCCUUCAGACCGUCGUCUUUUCAGCUCCACGUCCCCUGCUGCUUUGCCACCCUUUGUUUCUCUGCUGAGCUUAGGCUCGGACUCCCAGGUCACACACUGUGCCAGGCAUCCAACCCUGCAUACCCAACUGUCCGUGGGCCUGAUGCGGCCCCAGCCCACCUGGCUUCCUCGAACCUCAGGUGAGACUGAGCCCCCACUGCACAGACGAAGGUGGCAUCUUGAGCACGGGCGGAGGUGCGCAGACAGGAGAGGAGAGGCUGCCCGGUUCUGCACACGGCUGACCGCCCUGGAUCCACUCCCUGGCUCCAGCAGGACUCUGACAGUCAAGCGCUGUGGGGAGGCCAGUGUCACAGUGCAGAUGAGUGUUGACUGACUGACUGAUCACAAAGUAUCUGAGCCCACAGGGCCACAGCUCUGCUCCAUAGCUAGGUAACCAAGGCAGGAGAAAGCAGAGGCUCAGCCUUGCCUGGGUGAAGGGGUGCAGACAGCACCUGCAGGCCUGGGCUUGUGGCACUGACCACAGCUCUAGGACGUGGAACAACAGGCAUGUGUGCUUAGUUCUGGGAGCUCCCUGCAGGCCACACGCCCUCUGGGGCCCAGGGGAGCAUGGAAUCUUCACCCUGUGCAGCUUCCUGUGGCUGCUGGCCCGGCUCAGCUGUGGACCAUUGUUUCCUGUCCUGUAUCUGUCUGACCUCCAGCUGCCUUUCUCUUACAAGGACAACUUGAUGGCCUGUGGAGCGCACAGGUCCCAAUCUCAAGAUCUGCGACAAUCACAUCUGCCCAGCUGUCUACACAGAAUAUUCACAGCUGCAGGCAUCAGGCCGAAACCCCAGGAGUCAUUAUCCACUAUCCAUCCUGUAACACUCAAGGGGCUGAUGAACUCGCUCAAGGCUGCCCACCUGCAAGGUGGCUAAACUGCAAAGGAGUUCAUAUUGGACAUGGUCAUGGUCAUUAAAAAAAGCAGCCAUGUGGUGGUGCACACCUGUAACC